UCCCAGCAUGACAGACCAGGCGCCUUUCGACACCGAUGUCCUCACCCUGACCCGCUUCGUCAUGGAAGAGGGCAGGAAGGCCCGUGGCACGGGCGAACUGACGCAGCUGCUCAACUCGCUGUGCACUGCGGUCAAAGCCAUCUCCACCGCCGUGCGCAAGGCGGGCAUCGCGCACCUCUAUGGAAUUGCUGGUUCUACAAAUGUGACUGGUGAUCAAGUUAAGAAACUGGAUGUUCUCUCCAAUGACCUGGUUAUUAACAUGCUAAAGUCCUCUUUUGCCACUUGUGUUCUUGUGUCAGAAGAAGAUAAAAAUGCCAUCAUAGUUGAACCUGAGAAAAGGGGUAAAUAUGUAGUGUGCUUUGAUCCUCUUGAUGGUUCUUCCAACAUUGAUUGUCUUGUUUCCAUUGGAACAAUCUUUGGCAUCUACAGAAAGAUUUCAACAGGUGAACCAUCUGAGAAAGAUGCUCUGCAGCCAGGCCGGAAUCUGGUGGCAGCUGGCUAUGCCCUCUACGGAAGUGCCACCAUGUUGGUACUCGCCAUGGAGUGUGGUGUCAACUGCUUCAUGCUUGACCCGGCCAUUGGAGAGUUCAUCUUGGUGGACAAGGAUGUAAAGAUCAAAAAUAAAGGGAACAUCUACAGUCUCAAUGAAGGCUAUGCCAAGGACUUUGAGCCUGCUAUUACAGAGUAUGUUCAGAGGAAGAAGUUCCCCCCGGAUAAUUCUGCUCCUUAUGGUGCCCGGUAUGUGGGAUCCAUGGUGGCUGAUGUCCAUCGUACCCUGGUCUAUGGAGGAAUCUUCUUGUAUCCUGCUAACAAGAAGAGUCCCAAAGGAAAGCUGAGACUACUCUAUGAGUGUAAUCCAAUGGCCUACGUCAUGGAGAAGGCUGGAGGAUUGGCCACUACUGGGCAGGAAGCUGUGUUGGACAUUGUUCCCACUGAUAUCCACCAGAGGGCGCCAGUUAUCCUGGGAUCCCCUGAAGACGUGUCGGAAUUCCUGCAGAUACACAAGAAACAUGUUGCCAAAUGAGCUCCUGGCUUUGCA